AUGCACGACACAGGCCUCUCCGCCCGCACUGCCGGUGCCUCCUCGUCGUCACCGGCCACCAACGCCGGCGACGACGUCGACGAGUCCAAGACCCGGAAGGCGCAGCCCGCCUUCGUCGCCGCGGCCUACGCCCGGCUCCACUCCCCUUACUAUGCGGCCGCCUCCCUUCUCCUCCUCGCCCUCGCCGCCGCUGCCUUCCUCGCCGGCCGAGCUUUCCCCCGGACCGACUGCCCGCCGCUGCGCCUCGACGCGCGCUUCCUCUCCCUCCCUGACGCCGCCGCGGCCUCCGACUUCGGAUCCCUCGGCGUCCCCUCGUGCAGAUCCAAAACUGGGAGGACAGUGGAGUGGACUUCGAAAGAUUUACUUAAUGGUCUGGAAGAAUUUGUGCCAAUCUAUCAGACACGCCCUAUCAAGAAUAACAUGCAUGGAAUGAGAUUUGACCACAGUUUUGGUCUUUGGUUUAUGGCUCGAUGGCUUAAGCCAAACCUGAUGAUUGAGAGUGGCGCAUUCAAGGGGCACUCAACUUGGGUUUUGCGUCAGGCCAUGCCAAACACUAGGAUUAUAUCUCUCACACCCAGACACCCUGAGAAAUAUCUUAAGAAGGGACCUGCGUAUGUUGAUGGAAACUGCACUUAUCUGGCUGGGAAGGAUUUUAUUGACUUUGGAAGUGUCGAUUGGGAAAAACUGUUGAGGAAGCAUGGCAUUUCUGAUCCCAGCAAGGUGCUUGUUUUCUUUGAUGACCACCAAAGUGAGCUGAAGAGGUUAAAGCAGGCACACAAAGCUGGAUUCCGGCAUCUCAUAUUUGAGGACAACUAUGACACUGGUACAGGCGACCAUUAUUCCUUGAGACAGAUAUGUGAUCAAUCACACAUCAGAGGUGUGUAA